AUGGCCUUGAGCAAGCAGCCUCCUGUUCAGAUCCCUACGGGGUCUCCCAGCAACGCCUGCCCAGGAUGCGGGAAGUCAGGGCCUCCAGGGGCCAGGGCUGGUCCCCCAGCAGGACUGGCACUCUGGACCUGUCCCGGGUCAUGUUGCUCGUGUACGUGCUGGCAGCCCUGGAGCUCGCCUGCCUCUUCAUGCAGUUCUCAGUCAUGCCAUACCUGUCCCGGAGGCUGGGCCUGGACUCUGUUGCCUUCGGCUACCAGCAGACCAUCUUUGGCGUGCUUCAGCUGUUGGGCGGGCCCGUGUUUGGCAGCGCUCUACCUGCUCCUGGCUGCCGCCUGCAGCCCGGCCCUGCCCGGCGUGCCCUUACUCUUUGCCUCGCGCCUGCCCGGCGCCCUCAUGCACACGCUGCCAGCCGCCCAGAUGGCCAUCACGGACCUGUCUGCGCCUGAGGAGCGGCCCGCGGCCCUGGGCCGGUUGGGUCUGUGCUUCGGCGUUGGCGUCAUCUUCGGCUCCCUGCUCGGCGGGACCCUGAGCAGCACGUGCGGGAUUCAGUGUCCGGUCAUCGUGGCUCUUGUGGUCAGCCUCCUGGGAGCCGUCCUCAGCCUCACCUGCAUCCCCACCAGCACCAAAGGGGCCAGCGCCCAUGCCCAGGCUGCCCUGCCAGGGAAACCCAAGGCCAGCGUGUUUGACCUGAAGGCCAUCACCUGCCUGCUGCUGCAGCCCGGCGUCCUGCCGGUGUUUCUGGUCAAGGUCAUCUGCGGCUUCCCCUCAGGGCUCUUCAUGGUCAUGUUCUCCCUCAUCUCCAUGGACUUCUUUCAGCUGGAGGCCGCCCAGGCCGGCUACCUCAUGUCCUUCUUCAGGGUCCUCCAGAUGGCAGCUCGGAGUGGCCCGUCCUGUUCCGCAGGGGUGGGCCCGCCCCGUCACAGGGCGCAGCCCCGGCCUGACCCCAGCCCCAGGGGGUGCUGCUCUAAACCCACUGUGCCCCGGGCACUUCCUGUCUGCCUGGUGGAGGUGGCAGGGGACCAGGUCUUCCAGGGCCUGGUCAUCGGGCGGCUUAGCAGCCGCUUCUCCGAGGGAGCCCUGCUCCGGGCCAGCGUGCUGGCGUUCAGCGUGGUGGGACUGGCCAUGGCGCUGAUGGCCAAUGUCUUCCACUUGUGCCUGCUCAUGCCCGGCCUGGUCUUCAGCCUGUGUGCCCUCAACGUGGUCACCGACAGCAUGCUGACCAAUGCCGUCUCGGCCUCAGACACGGGAACCAUGCUGGGCCUCUGCGCCUCUGUGCAGCCACUGACCAGAACCCUGGGGCCCACCCUGGGAGGCCUCCUGUACCACCGCUUCGGAGUCCCCGUUUUCGGCCACGUGCAGCUCGCCGUCAACUUCCUCAUGCUGCUGGUCCUCUGGAGGCAGCCUGUGCCCCCAAAGAUGGACAAAGCCUGGUGA